AUGAUUUUGUUAAAUACAUUAGUAUUGUUCUUAGCCGCUAAAUAUUGUAACGGCUUUGCGUUACCCUUCGAAGGAUUGUAUGAGUUACAGAUUAUACACUAUAAUGACUUUCACGCGAGGUUCGAAGAGACAACAGUAGAAACACCAACAUGUAGAUUCAACAACGCAUCGUGUUUGGGAGGCUUCCCACGUCUCUACAGCAAGAUAAAGUCCUUAAAACGUGAACUUCCGGACUCCAUUCUAUUAAAUGCUGGCGAUAGUUAUCAAGGGACAUAUUGGUACACUUUGCUCAAGUGGAAAGUGAUCUUGGAGUUUAUGAACAUGCUUCCGAAUGAUGCUCAUGCCAUCGGUAACCACGAGUUUGAUGAUGGGCCUGCCGGUCUGGCACCGUAUCUAUCUGGCCUGAACGCACCUGUGUUAGCUGCUAAUAUGGACAGCAGCAAGGAACCUAUCCUGCAAGGUCUCUACAAGCCGUACAUUGUGGUGGAAAGAAGGGGGAGGAAGAUUGGCAUCAUUGGAUUAAUUACUCCAGAUACUAAGAUAUUAUCAGCUGCUGGUGACGUAGAAUUUACAGACCCUCGUGAAGUGACCUUACAGCUAUCUUCGGAGCUGAAUGAAAAAGGUGUGGACAUUAUAAUAUUGCUGUCACACUGCGGCUUAGAUGUUGACAAGGAAAUUGCGCAGGGCUACGGCCAGUACAUAGAUGUAAUAGUAGGUGGGCACACACACUCUUUGCUGUGGAAUGGCCCGGCUCCGAGUGGAGAACCUGUAGCUGGGCCGUAUCCUGUCUUCAUUGAAUCCACAGCUGAUAAAAAACAUAAGGUGCUAAUCGUCCAAGCAUCCGCCUUCACAAAGUAUAUGGGCAGUUUGUCUGUAUAUUUCGACUUUCGUGGUGAUUACGUGAAGUUUAACGGUGGACCGAUAUUUUUAAAUCGAUCUAUACUGGAAGACGAGGACAUAAAAACGAAACUGCAGCCGUACGCUGAGAUGGUGCACAAAGCUGAGAAGGAAGUCAUAGGCAACAAUAUGAAUACUCUGCACCUAGAUGACUGUGUCUUUGGCGAAUGUGCUGUCGGCGAUUUGAUUGUUGAUUCGUUUAAUGUAUUUGCCAAACAAACAUACAAAUCAACCUACGAUUACAUAGCGUUUAUUCAAAGGGGGAACAUCAAAUCGUCAAUACCUAGUGGAGAUAUAACAAAGGGUGUUAUCUUCGAAGUGCUCCCUUACAACGACCGCAUAAAAACAUUCGAGUUGCAGGGGAAAUUUAUCCUGAAGGCUCUCGAGAGAAGUGUCAUUGAUGCGUGGGGUAUGGACCCGUUUAAGGGGCCAUAUGUUUUACAGGUUUCAGGUCUUCAAGUAACAUACGACUUGAAGCAACCAGAGGGCGGUAGGGUCACAUCUGUUCUGGUGGGCGACAGCAAAGAACCAAUGGAUCCCGAAAAAACUUACCAAGUUACAGAGCCUGGAUAUUUGUCUGAUGGAGGAGAUGGUUUUUCGAUGUUCAAGGAAGGAAGAAAAAACGUGCAAGUCAUAGGAAGGGAUGCGAAAAUUCUAGAGCAAUUUAUUAAGAAACAUUCGCCCCUUAAUAUAACUCGAACGGGGCGGAUAGUAAUAAAUCAAUGA